CUGACAAUUUCCCUAAAUCUCCUAUUCCUCUGUAUAACACCUGACUCUUUCGCGUCCAAUUUGAGUGAAUUUCUCUUCUCAGUUCUCUGUGUCUGUGUCUGACCCGAUACACUUGUGACUAUCUGUAUCACAAAAUCUGCACCUGUAUCACCGCUCCCUUUCUCCCUCUCAUAAAUGCUCUUUUUAAGCAUUUCCAGCCUUUUUGGGAUUUUCACAACGACUCCUAACCCAUCUCUCUCCCUCUCUCUCUCUCUCUCUCUUUUCUUUAUGAUCACUAUCUCACCACCUUCUCUCACUCUAAUAUCUCUUUUUUUUUAUUUUUGGUUUUUUUCCCAAUUUUAGUUUGCUUGAUUACGUCAAUACUAAUAAAUAUUAUCCAUAAAAUAUCGUAUUUAUUAAUUAUAAUUACUUUUAAAUUAAGAUUUUGUCAGUUUUUCCACACACACGCUCUCUACCUAUGUAGCCUUAAUUGUCUCUUUCAGUUAAACCCAAAAAGCAAAGCAAACUGCUUUUAAUGAAGAAAGAAAGAAAGAGCUGGUCAUGCAUCUCUUUUGAUAUAACCCCAUCAAACCCUAGCUUUAAACCUACCUCAAUUCGUACAUCUUAUGGUUUCUUCUUAUUUUAAUCUUAUUAUCUUUUAUUAAUUAAUGGUGAGGCCAUGAAAUAUCUAUAGAAAAAAGAAGGUUUUUGGUGUUCUUUGUUAUUUUGUUCUUUAUUUCUUCUGCUCUCUCUGUGCCCAGUUAUCAUGGUUGUUCAAGCACAGUUGUACCCUGAAAGUCUCUGUUUCCCUUUCUCUGGUUUGCAGGAUUGUAUGGUUAAUAAUCUUGUUUCUGGGUUUGGAACGGAUUUUUGUUUUGCUUUACAAGAGUCUCAGCAGCAGAAUCUCUUUCUUCAACCGCAGAGCUCUCAAAACUUUGGUUUUGAUUGCAAUAAUAAAGGGGCAGGGCCUUCUUCUUCCUCACAAUCAACUUGUGAUAGUUUCCUUUCCAUGGCUCUUGCUCAACAUCUAGAUGCUUGUCAUCUCGAAAUACAAAGGCAGGAGGUGGACUGCAUUCUUCAAUUACAAAAUGAGAGGCUAAGAUCUGCUUUGCAAGAGCAAAGAAGGCACCAACUGGCAAUUCUACUAAAGAAUGUGGAAUCCAAGGCCAUUUCUUUAAUGAGGCAAAAAGAAGAGGACUUGGCACAAGCAAGAAAGAAAAUGAUGGAGCUUGAGACAUGCUUAAGAAAAGCACUGAUGGAAAGAGAAUCGUGGCAAAGAGUAGCAGGAGAAAAAGAAGCAAUGGUCAUAGAUCUAAGCAACACGCUAGAACAAGUCAGAGAGAGACUGGUCUUGGGUAGCAGCACUAAAGGCCAAGAUACCGAAUCCUUUUGCUGUGGUUCAUGCGAUAGAGAACAAGAAGACCCCCUAAAAAAGAUGGCCUGUAAAGGGUGCAAUUCUAGGGCCUCGUGCAUUCUCUUUCUACCUUGCAAGCAUCUCUGCUCAUGUAAUUUCUGUGAAGCUUUUCUCCCUUCUUGUCCUGUCUGUGAAUCCCCAAAGGAAGGAAGCAUGGAGGUUUUUUGGGUCUAGCAAUUAAGGAAGCCACCAAAGCAGAUGAGGUGGUAGGGAAAAAAAUAGAAAAGCAAGAUAUACUUUCCAUUUCUUUUUUUUGGAGGGUUGAAUGAAAGAACAAAUGUCCAUACCUGUAGUUUUUUUUUUUUUUUUUCUUCAAGGCGCUUUUCUUGAAUCAAAAUGAUGAUAGUAUGAAUAAAUGGUCGGUUAAUUAUAUUUUUACUCAAUUUAGCUUAUCAAAAUGCAAAUUUGAAACCAUU